AUGACAAAACAGCUUUGGAAGCAUACUUAAGAUAGCUACAAAUUACACACAUUCAUUAAAAUGGAUGAUUUCGCUCGAACACGACAACUUUUGGAGUUACUGAACAUAGGUGUGGUAAAAUGUUUGGAAAAAAAAUCUCACCUUGGUGUUUGCAAAGUUGAGUUAGAGCAGAGAGCACCAUCUGACAGACAUAAUGUGUUGAUGUGGGAACAGAGAAAUACAUGUUUUUUGCCGGAAGAUUUAAAAAGCUUUUACCUCACAUCUGAUGGAUUUCAACUUACAUGGAGUAUAAAGAUGGACAAUGGUCCUCAACCAUUGGGUAAGAUGAGGAUAAACCGGGUGAGUCAGCUGGUGCGAAUUGGUGGUACAGCACCCACUAGUCAUGUUAACCCUUCAUUGGCAGACUUGGAAGGUGACUCGGACCAAGAGGAUGAAGUUUCUGGUCUUGAAAAACCAACAUUUGACAAUAGAUGUAAAAUCUAUGAGUUGGACCCUUGUGAUGGAUAUGGCAAAGUUUGUUUGGUGUAUCGGGAAACCAAAGCAGGUUUGACUUAUUUUGACCCUGUGGAUAUAUUUGAUGGAAAGCACACAUCUGAUUUGCUCAGAUUUGGCGGUAAUGAACCAAAGAUAGAGAUUUGGUUCCUGGAUAGAGCUCUGAGGUGGCAUUAUCUUACAGACUCCUUUAUCGCCUAUUACCGGUUGAUGUUGAUGCAUUUAGGACUACCCCAGUGGCAGUACGCCCUCACAGAUAUCGGCCUGAGCCAACAGACACAGCAAUGGUUUAAUGUUUUCGCCCAAGUACGUCUGGAACUGGACAGAGAGACUUUAUGUGAGGCCUCAGAGCUGACUAAAAGUCGUCCACAGUCAAGUCAACUAGACGUUAACAAAGUGUUCAAAGGCAAGACAGAUAAAAGGAAAACAUUGACAUCGCAAGCACAACAGCAGAAUGCUGGAAAUAUGAAAAAGAAGCCUCUUGUACCAUCAGCUAAAACUCAGUCAGUACCAGGGACCCGUGUUACCGCAUCUUCAUCACAAAUCUCAAACAAGGGAGGUAAAUAGUUCAUCGACUCUCCCAGGCAUCUCAUGUUUUACAUCACGCUCUGGCUAUAGAAUGGACGCUGCCAGGAACCUAAGCAUUGAUAGUCAUAAUUCUCUGGAUUAAUGUCAAUGUCGAGAAUCAUUGGUUAAUUACAAUGGUUGUAAAUGAUUAUAUCAAGUUCAACAAUGUUCCUUGAAAGAUUUGAAUAAACCUGUGAUAAUUGUACAUGUAUAAAUGUCCGGAACAAUUACUGGUUAACAGAAUACCUAGUUAUGUAUUGUGAAUGUGUACGAUUUUAGGUUGGAUUUUAGCGAGUGUGGUUUGACUGUGUGUUUGUAAUGGUAUGGGAAAAUGGUAAACUUGAUAUGUCUGUAAUAAAGGUAAUAGUUUACAAAGACUAUGUGUGUGUGAAAGAUUUAGACAUGUCGCUAUAGUACUGUGCUUUAUGUUUUUGUAAUAUAACAUUACUGGCAUGCUUUGAUAUAUUACAUAAAAUGUAUUGAAAUAAAUAAUCUCGUAACAUU